UGAAAAUAUCAAUAAUUUUUUUAUUCCUAAUAUUUGGAAAUUAUAAUUAUAUUGAAUGUGCGGACAAAUGUCCGGCCGGUUGGGACAGAUAUGAUCCACAACUAAAAUGUCUGAAAAUAAUACCGGAUUCACUGGAAACAUAUGGCAAUGCUAUGGAUAUGUGUGCAAAGCUGGCACCGGGAGGUGGAGAAUCAACAUUGUUGACAAUACAUUCACCAGAGGAACAGUACUAUUUGACUAACUAUCUAUUCCAGCAACAUAAACUAGUUAAUUCAAUAUGGUUGGGUGCUAAAAUUAAACAACAAUUAAUGACCUGGAUGGAUAAUACAAAUGUUACCUAUACUAAUUGGUUAGCGGGUAGACCGGAAAACACUACAACAAUUGAUUGUCUGGAAAUACAAUCGGAACCAAUUAGUGACCAAGGUAAAUGGUACGAUACUGUUUGCAAUAAACGUAACCAGGUAGUUUGUCAACUACAACAAUCGAUACCAGUGGCUGAAUUGGAAAAAUUAAUAUUAGAAACUAGAAAAUAUGCCCAAAAUUUGGAAAUUAAAUUUAUCAAACAAAUUAAUCAAUUAGACAGUAAACUAGUUGAACAACAAUUAAAAUUAGCUAAACAAACCGAGGAACUAGAUCAGUUAGUUAAAAAUCCCAUACCCAUUGGCUACAUAUACGUACAACUAUCGGGUCAACCCCAGCCCCAGGAUCUAUGGCCACAAUCAUCGGUUAAAUGGCUGGACGUAACCACCGAUUACGCGGGAUUAUUUUUCCGGGCCGAAGGUCAAGGUUCCGAACCGUUUGGUCAGAUACAAGCGGCCAAUUCCACGCGAUUGUCGACAAUCCGAUCGUGGUCAUGUUAUACGCCUGACCAUGGUACAUAUUGUGAAAACUAUACAACCGAAAUCAAUGAAACCGGUUGGAGUCAGGAAUUUAUACGAAAAGAUUUUUCCAAUGAUAUGUAUUUCUAUAUGACUUCCGGUGAAAAUAGGCCCCGAAAUCAAGCUAUCCGUAUAUUCAAACGUAUUGCGUAA